AUGGACACAAAAACAUGCACAUCUCCUGAGAAUGUCGCCCACUUUGCACUUUUACCUUCAGAGAUCCUUUAUAUGAUUCUAUUUCUCCUCCCACCCCCCAGUCUGGCGGCAAUGUCUGCAACUUGCCACCGUCUCCGCAAACACACCCAGAAUGACAAUAUUUGGAUGAAUCUGGUGAACUCAAACAUCCCGAGGCCGCUCAGCAGCUCUGCCCCAUUUAAUUCAUGGAGAAAACUAUACAUAUCCCAAUAUCCAAUGUGGUUCUUAGUGCGCAAUAAGAUUUGGUUUUCCAAUCAGAAAGACACGGGGAAUCUUAUAAUGACGAGAUACAACCCGUACAGGUCAAUGAUUGAAGGUUUCCGUGUCGUUGCGCGACACAGCUUCCGCCAAUUCGAGCAAUGGUCUAAGGAUCCGACAGUUCUUAUUCACUCUUUCAAUCCGGAGGUAACCUUGCUGAUGGAUGAUCCUGUGGUUGAACUCUUCAAUUUUAUCGUAUCGCCUAACAGGCACUACAGUAAAUAUUCAUUGGGGGAGAUAAACAUAGCCAGGCAUUACCCUGAAUACCGCAUGGUCACCAAUUUUAUGCUAUGUGCUAGGAUACCUCAUGAGGACCAAGAGGAUACUCAAAAAAAUGUUUGGCCGCCGCGAAUUAUACCAUCUGAUGAACGGGUAGAUGUCUCAGAAGAGCUGUCGUCGUCGUGGGAGCGAGAGCCUGAGAGACCGCGGACAUAUGAAGACAUUUGUCUGUCAACUUUUAAACUGAGGCGAUGGGCACAGAUUGGCCACCUUGGGAUUGCAUAUCAAGAAGGGGCUUCUAGACGUGGGGUAACCACGUUUGCCACGUUGCAGCCAGAGCUGUAUACACCCACUCCAGAGAAGCCUUACCGGGGUGUAUGGGUGGGAGAUUAUUCUGGCCAUGGAUCCGAAUUCCUUCUGGUGAUGCAGAGGGAUGGCCCGGUCAUAGAUUUCCUGGAUGAUGAACACCCGGACACGGAGGACAAGUCGUCAAUCUCCACAUCUUCCUCGACGGAAGGCCCGUCCCCGUCUUCUCCUCCGCGACAAAGGUUGGAAGCGGUAAAGUUAACUGGCGACACAAACGUCCCUCGGGGAGAAAUAUCGUUUCUGUCAGAGGAUAUUGGAGCGGGAGGAUUAAUUAGAGUCGCUGAUGAGGAUUUGUUUAAGGGCGCAAGAGUCGUGCGUGCUCAGGGGCAUAUCGCGUGGACAAACUUUAGAGAUGACAAGUUUAUUCCGGCACAGUUAUUUCUUAUCUCGAACGACUGCAUGGCACUUUUCUGGGAAGAGCUGAAGCAUAUAUCAUACUAUCGGCGAGUUGACGUCGAUGAGCUUGUGUAUCACGAAUUUGGUUUACAUCACCUCUGA